CGACUAUCACUUCCGUGUUGGCGUGUCUCGACGUCACGCGGAAUGUGAAGCAGGAAACACGGAUGUGUUGCGCUUAAUCUGCAUCUACAGCCGUGUUCCGAUCCAUAUGUUGAAGCCAAACCCCCUUCCGAGCUGAUCUGAUCCAGACGCGGAGCAUCCGUUGAACAGUACCGAGUGGAGGAAUGCCUGCCGGUGUGUGUGGGUGUUGUGGUCCUCUGCGGCCGCGCUACAAACGCCUAGUUGACAACAUUUUCCCCGAGGACCCCAAGGAUGGACUGGUUAAAUCUGACAUGGAAAAGUUGACGUUUUAUGCGGUUUCGGCACCUGAGAAGCUGGACCGCAUCGGAGCAUACUUGGCCGAGCGGCUCACCAGAGAUGUGGUACGACAUCGCUAUGGGUAUGUGGUAAUAGCGAUGGAAGCUUUGGAUCAGUUGUUGAUGGCCUGUCAUUCCCAGAGUAUCAAGCCAUUUGUGGAGAGCUUCUUACACAUGGUAGCCAAACUGCUGGAGUCCCGAGAACCAGAUUUACAAGUGCUGGGCACAAACUCAUUUGUGAAGUUUGCGAAUAUUGAGGAGGAUACGCCAUCUUACCAUCGCAGAUAUGACUUUUUCGUCUCGCAGUUCAGUGCAAUGUGUCAUUCUACACAUGAGGACCCUGAGACCCGCAGCAGGAUCCGUGUAGCAGGCAUUAAGGGUCUCCAGGGUGUUGUCAGAAAGACUGUGAAUGAUGAACUCCAGGCAAUCAUCUGGGAGCCUCAGCACAUGGAUAAACUCAUCCCUUCCAUGCUGUUCAACAUGCAAGAUAAUGAGGACUCUGAGAGGGCUGGAGAGGAGAAUCCGGCUUCUUUGGCGGAGAGCUGCUUUCGAGAGUUGCUGGGUCGUGCUGCUUAUGGCAACAUGAACAAUGCAGUGCGUCCUGUAUUGGUGCAUUUAGACAACCAUCGUCUGUGGGACCCGAAUGACUUUGCAGUUUCCUGUUUCAGGAUAAUCAUGUACUCAAUACAGGCGCAGCAUUCUCACCAUGUGAUCCAGCAAGUGUUGUCUCACCUUGACACCCACAGUAAGAACACGCCACGUGUAAGAGCAGGUAUCGUUCAGGUGCUGCUCGAGACAGUUGCCAUUGCUGCCAAGGGCUCCAUCGGUCCCACAGUGCUGGAGGUGUUUAACACCCUGCUGAAGCAUCUGCGAAUGAGUGUGGAUUUUGAGCUGGGCGACGGGUCCCGCAGGAACUCCACCAGCAGCCUCUCCUCCGUCCGCACUAAAGAGAGCGAGGAACGCAUUGUCCAGAAUGCCAUCAUCCAAACCAUCGGUUUUUUUGGAGGAAAUCUUCCUGAUUACCAGAGAGCAGAAGUGAUGAUGUUCAUUAUGGGAAAAGUUCCAGUUUACGGGACGCCAUGCCACACGCUGGACACUGUCAAGAUUGGGCAUCAGGGCACUAAGAGAAUCCAGGCGAUGCUGCUCAGUUCUCUUAUUAUGGUUACAUCAGGGUUUAAGUGUAAAACGAUGGGCGCUGGCCUCCCCGCAGCGUUUUUGGAGCCGCUCUGCUCCAUCUCUCUGAUGGAAGACGGUGAACUCCGGCAACUCGUCCUGGAGAUUCUGCACAACAUCAUCGAUCGCCAUGACAACAGAGCCAAACUCAGAGGGAUCCGAAUUAUUCCUAACGUAGCAGCUCUGAAAUUCAAGAGAGAAAAAAUCUGCAAAGAAGAUGUGGUCUUCAUGAAAAAGCAUGGACAGCAGUUAUACAGGCACAUUUAUCUGGGCUGUAAGGAGGAAGAUAACCUGCAGAAGAACUUUGAGCUUCUCUUCACAGCGCUGGCUCUCAUCACCAUUGAACUAGCCAAUGAAGAGGUGGUGAUUGACAUGAUGCGUCUGUCCAUCGCCCUGCAGGAUAUGGCCCUGGCCAAUGAGGAGAAUAUGCCCAUGUUUAUUCGCUGUGGCAUCAUGGCGUUGGUCGCCGCAUACCUCAACUUCCUCAGUCAGAUGAUCGCAAAUCCUCCUUUCUGCCAACAUGUCAGCAAGGUGAUUGAGCUGAGAAGUUUGGAUGCUCCGUAUCUCCUGCCGGAACACAUCUUCAGGGAAAAGUGUGUGCUUCCAGACUCUUUGGAUAGGGAAGACAACGCUCUGUAUUUUCAGACGGCUGAUCUGGCGGAAGCGAUGACUGUACCUGGAUAUAAUGUAGAGCGACUGUCCAUACCGUACAUACCACAGGUUACAGAUGAAGACCGGAUGCCCCGUAGGAAGAGCUUUGUCGACACUAUUUCUCUCCAAGUGGACAUCCUUUCCAACAGCUUGCCUGAUCAGUCUCAGCUCGCGGAGGAGAUUACUUUUGAGACCCUGAAGAAGGCAAUUGAUACCACUGGUCUGGAGGAGCAGGAGAGGGAGAGGAGACGACAGGUGAUGGAGAAGUUCCAGAAAGCUCCGUUUGAGGAGAUCGCCGCUCACUGCGAGUCCAAGGCCAACAUGCUGCAUGAUCGCUUGGCUCAGAUAUUCGAACUCACCAUUCGCCCUCCUCCGAGCCCCUCGGGCACCGUGACGGUGACGUCAGGCCAUGCCCAGUACCAGUCUGUGCCAGUCUAUGAAAUGAAGUUUCCUGACCUCUGCGUAUACUGAACCAUGACCUUUCACCUCUAUCACACAGACUCACAUUUGACUUCUUUGGUCCUGUGAACUUUCACUUACCUGAGCCACUCAUUUUAAUCACUUUAAACUUGACAUGCAUUCAAUCCAGCAGAAAAGAAAAGCUGUGCGAACCGGGCAGGCACUUUACAGGCCUCCAUUCUGCACCAAUCAGCACGCAGAGCUUCACAACCAGCUGUCCAAUCAUAUACCAGCUCUGUAAAAUCGUGCGCUUUUCAGUUUGAUUCUUGCACUAAACGGCAGCUCAAAGAAUCAAACUGACUUUGAACUCUUCUGUAUUGAUUCAUAGGAGUCAUUUAGAAAUGACUCUGGUUGCAUUAAGGGAAAUUAAGUGCUAGCAUUAGCUUAAGUGCUUGUUUACUGUCAUCAAAAGGAGAGUUCACCUAAAAAUAGAACAUUUGCUGUUAAUUUACUCAUCCAUCCAGUAUAUACGUGACUUUUUCUCUUCUAAAGAACAUUAAAGAAGUUUUUUGCUGAACUUGUGGGACAUAUUUAAUGUAAGUUAAUGGACAUCAGCACUUUUAGAGUAAACAAAGUAUACAGGCUACACAAACUUGUUUUAUAGGUUGCAAAUCUUAAAUUAAAUGUUAUAAUAAUAAUAAUAAUAAUGUAAUAAUGUUCAGUUCUUUUUACACAGAUUGAUCAUUCUCCUUCAUAAGACCACAGUUUAUAAUCGGCGUCCAUUAGUAUUAGUUUAGCUUUUCCUGUAUACAUUUUAGCUUUUAACUCUCAAAAUCCAUUGACUUGCAUUAUAUCAAUGCACCACACUUCUUAAAUGUUACUAGAUACAUAAGUCAUGUAAAUCUUUGAAAGCCUAAAAGUGAGUAAAUUAACAGCAGAUUUAGAUUGCGUGUACCUUUAGCUCAUUUCUUUAGCACAUCAUCAUCAGCAGAGAGAUUUAAACCUACUCUAGAUUCCUGCUCUCUUAAAUCUCUCCUAUAUAAAUGACGAUAUAUAUAGUGUAUAGGUAUAGUGUACACAAGUAUAGUAUUUUUGACAAAACACAUAUACUUUUAGAUGAACUGAUAGUUGCAGAGUGCUAUUCGUGUUCUGUUUUGCAUGGCUUAGCCAAAAUGUGCGUGCGUUUAGGCCUUUAUUAAUCUACAGUUAGCCUUUAACUUCGAUGUCGUGGAUGUCAAUUGGGCUUUCGUUCACCCAGAGUUCUUAGCGAUCACUAUGCUCUUCAUUUUGCCUUCACAGUAUAGAGAAACCAAAACAUUUGCUUUUCAUCACCAAAGAGCUCCACCCACGCACUUCCUUUUAUGGCCACACAAAUGGCUGCCAGUCUUGGGCCAAUCAGAACCUGAGUUCUCAUUGAAGGAGAUGGAUAUCAGCGAUUAAAAUGAUCAAGCCACAAGAGUGUUAAAGAAACACUCAACUUUUCUUUUCUUUUUUUUUUUGGAAAUAUGCUAAUUUUACAGCUCCCCUCGAGUUUUACCAUUUUUAAAUCCAAUCCAUUUUAGCUUAGCUUAGCAUAAAUCAUUGAAUCAGAUUAGACCAUUGGCAUAUCGCUCAAAAAUUAUAUAAAAUCUUAAAUGGAAAACUUCGUUAGAGUUAAACAGUUGAGCUUUACCUUUUUUGAAGCCGAUCUCCGGGUCUGGUGGGAUCACUUUUAGCGUAGCUUAGCAUAAAUCAUUUAAUCGGAUUAGACCAUUAGCAUCUCAGUCAAUAAUUAUAUAAAUUCAUAAAUGGAAAACUUCGUUAGAGUUAAACAGUUGAGUUUUACCAUUUUUUUAUCCAUUCAGCCAAUCUCUGGGUCUGGCUGGAGCACUUUUAGCUUAGCUUAGCAUAAAUCAUUGAAUCGGAUUAGACCAUUAGCAUCUCAGUCAAAAAUUAUAUAAAUUCAUGAAUGGAAAACUUUGUUAGAGGUAAAUAGUUGAGCUUUACCAUUUCUGAAUCCAUUCAGCCGAUCUCUGGGCCUGGUGGGGGUACGUUUAGCUAACAUAAAUCAUUGAAUUGGAUUAGACCAUUAGCAUCUCGCUCAAAAAUUAUACAUAUUCAUAAAUGGUAAACUCCCCUAGAGUUUAACAGUUGAGUUUUACCAUUUUUUAUUCUAUUCAGCCAAUCUCCGGGUCUGGUGGGAGCACUUUUAGCUUAACUUAGCAUAAAUCAUUGAAUUGGAUUAGACCAUUAGCAUCUCGCUCAAAAAUUUACAUAUAUUCAUAAAUGGUAAACCUCAACAGUAAACCAAGCAUAUUUCCCCAAAAAUAAAAUAAGUGGAGUGAUCCUUUAAAUGCAUUUUUUGCUUUUCGGGUCAUGCUGAAUUCUGACAAUUUUAUUUGCGACUGUUAGAUGCUGAAAAAUACUUUGCUGGAAACGUUAUACAUCAUCCGAGCUUCCUGUGGUGAGAGCCGUGAUCAACUUCACUCGUUUAGCUGGUAGAAACGUGUCUACGUAGGUUAUAUUGGGUGAUUUUUGAGGUGCUUUUAAUGGAUUCUGGGGAUUUGUCGUCAUGUGGCUGGUUUGUUUUUGUUUUUGAAUGUAUUUAUGUGGACGCGACAGGCAAGUGUUUUUGCAGGGAUGGCGCAUUUAUAUGCAGUUGCCAUUUUUGGGCCUCUGAAACGGUUGCACUGCAUUGUGGGAUUUGUAUGCACAGAAAGUAAAGAAUGUUUUAAGGUGUUUAAAGGUCAAGCUUUCUAGAUGGCCCCUUCUAAACACCUGACGGGAUUGAUUUGCUGUCAGCUAUAAUUUCCAGUCGAUGACAGUGAGGCGGCAGCUUUUGUGCCCUGAUGCUGAUUCAUCUAGUCUACGAAAGCAAGUAUGAAGCGUAAAAGGAAGGAUUUCGAUGAGAAAUAGUCAGUCUUUGGCCGUUGUGUAUUUUCUUAGACUUGCUGCAUUUCAACAGAAGUUGCUUUGCGACGAUUUAACGCUGUGAGGAAAUCAGGCAGGUUAUUUCUGUAGAAAUAAAAACCCGUAAAUGAUUUCUAGAAUAAUGCAAUAUAUUUUUGGUGUAAUAUGAAAUAGGAAUGUGAUGUUUCAUUGACGCAUCAUCUUUAAUGCACCUUUAGACACGUGUGUGUGUGUGUAUGUGUGUGCGUGCGUAAAAGGGACAAAGUCAGGUUUAUUUUUGCAUGCUUUUUACAUUUUUGAAGGGAAAUCAGUCUUACUGUAUCUGCUAAUAUCAUUUUAUUAUUAUUAUCACAUAUUAUUUUCAUCCUCGGUGGAACUUUAUGGUACAUAUAUGUUUAUCACAUGAUUUAACAAACUAAUAUUUAGUUCUAUUUUAUCUGUAAUUGUUUUGUUUUCUGUAUGGGAGAGAAGUGAUGAGGUAGAUUUCAGGGUUGUUGUUGAUGUAUGAAACGGUACAAGUUUUGCAGUCUUCCCUAUGAAGAUUGUCCAGAGAUUACCAGUAAAUCUACAUGCAUCAUGCUAGAUUUCAAUGUGUAAGGGUUUGAACCACUGCAGUGUUUCUCGUGAAAUCUCUUAGCCAUAUCCAGGUUCACCGUCUGACAGUGUCGCCACAUUAAUGUGCAAUGAGAUUUUAUGUAUGAGAUCUUAAUAAAGUCUUAAUAAAGAUUUUGUAUUUAAAUG